AUCCCAUUAACCAUCUCCCCUUUGUCUACGCCUCCAUCGAUGCACAAACAACACAUGUGGAUGUCACCAUUUCUUGUCGAGACACAAUUUCCUUCCCCUUUUUUUCAGAUUCUCAUAUGCUUUUCUCAAAUUCUCUCCCGUGAUCCUGCUCGAAUAUAUCUUAAGUGGAUAGAUAGAUACUUAGAAGAAUACUCUGUUCAGAUACCAUUGAUUUGGAAAAAUGGAAAAGUAUGAGGUUGUGAAGGAUCUGGGAACUGGAAACUUCGGUGUGGCUCGUCUUCUAAAGCACAAGGAGACCAAAGAGCUCGUUGCCAUGAAAUUCAUCGAGAGAGGCCGAAAGAUAGAUGAGAACGUGGCUAGAGAGAUUAUCAAUCACAGAUCACUUAAGCAUCCUAAUAUCAUCCGCUUCAAGGAGGUGAUUCUGACACCUUCUCAUCUUGGUAUUGUGAUGGAGUAUGCUUCUGGAGGAGAGCUCUUUGAUCGAAUCUGCACUGCUGGUAGAUUCAGUGAAGCUGAGGCUAGAUACUUCUUUCAACAGCUGAUUUGUGGCGUUGACUACUGCCACUCCUUGCAAAUAUGCCACAGAGAUCUGAAGCUUGAGAACACUCUGCUUGAUGGAAGCCCUGCUCCACUUUUGAAAAUAUGUGACUUUGGUUACUCUAAGUCAUCUAUACUACAUUCUAGGCCUAAAUCGACUGUUGGAACUCCAGCAUACAUAGCACCUGAAGUUCUUUCCCGGAGAGAAUAUGAUGGCAAGCACGCGGAUGUGUGGUCAUGUGGAGUAACCCUUUAUGUGAUGCUGGUUGGAGCUUACCCAUUUGAAGAUCCUAACGAUCCAAAGAAUUUCAGGAAAACAAUCCAACGUAUAAUGGCUAUACAAUACAAGAUCCCGGACUACGUCCACAUAUCUCAGGAAUGCAAACACCUUCUCUCCCGCAUAUUCGUCACUAACCCCGCUAAGAGAAUCACGCUCAAGGAGAUCAAGAAUCAUCCGUGGUACUUGAAGAACUUGCCAAAGGAGCUGGUAGAGUCGGCUCAAGCAGUGUAUUACAAGAGAGACAACACGAGCUAUUCUCUUCAAAGCAUCGAGGACAUAAUGAAGAUAGUUGGAGAAGCAAGGAAUCCAGCUUCUUCUUCUAGUGUCAGCAAAAGCUUGGGUUCAGGUGCUGAGGAAGAAGAUGAAGAAGACGUUGAAGCUGAAGUGGAAGAAGAAGAAGACGAAGAAGAUGAAUACGAGAAGCAUGUUAAAGAGGCACAUUCUUCCUAUCAAGAGCCUGAUAAAGGUUCAAAGAAAGAAAAUGAUCUGUAACUCUUUCAAAGCCAAAGAGAGUAAACUACUUCGUACAUGUCAUUUCAUUUUCCGAACUGAUGUCUGAAAACUUACUAGUUUCUUCAACUGUCUAGUGGUUCUGAACUUAUCUCAAAACAUACUGUCAGAUCUUCGGAGAGUGUGCUCUCGGUGAUUAAGAAGCACAAGGGGUCAAAUGUUAUGAUGAUAAAAAAAAACGAUCUCUCUGUUAAGCAUUUGCUUUUUGCUUGUUCAAUGGCACUAUUUUUACCUACAAAAUGUUUAAUCCGGAACUAUUCCGUCUAUGGUUGCAACUAUAAGCUUUUCUAGUAUUAGAAUCUAAUUCUGCUACGCUUACUCCUCUUUCCACUUGUUAACAUAUCUCAAGAAUGCACUAGCUGGAUUUUCAUGAAGUGGAGCUCUUACACGGGUAGAUCUCCUAACCACUGCUUCUUCCAUUUCUAUGU